AUGAGUCGGGAUGAUGAUUACGUCCUAGGACGCGAGUUGAUGGACUCUGUCAGACUGGAUGCCCAACAUCUCCUCUGGAAGCUGCAUACUUCCUACGAGCUUCACCCGGCGAUCUCUGUGACCGAUGAUAUGAAGAUUGCGGAUCUAGGCACAGGAACGGGCAACGUCUCCUUAUGCCUCCUGGACUGCCUCCUUGAACCACCGAUCUCAAUCCACGGGCAGUACGACGUGGUCCACCUCCGCAUGUGGGCAAGCAAUAUCCGAGAAAAUGACACAGCAGCAUUGAUGCGCCAUGUGCAGAAGCUUUUGAAACCCGGAGGCUACAUCCAAUGGGAAGAUGCCGAUCUAAUCCAUCAAACCGUGCAGGGGUCUCGAGCCCAAGAGUUUGAAGAACACACGCGUGAGAUAUUCCAGCAAGCGGGUCUAGAUUACAGUUGGGUUGCAAAUCUGCCCCACCGACUCCAAAAGCAUCAUUUCCACAUGGUUGCGUUGCACAGGGAUCCCUUCGAGGGACCCCUGGCGCAGCUCUGCACGAGGACCUACCUCGCUGCGCUGAUGGAGAUUCUCCGGGGGAUCAAAAGGACUACUCGGUCGGAACAGCUGGUACAUUCGGUGAAUGAGCAGAUGGUGGCGCUUGGUCGCUUGUCUGCCGCGUAUGUGAGGGAAGGGAUUGUUUAUAACUGGUUGCCGGUGGCGCUGGUAGCAUGGAGGGAGACUUGAUCUGGGGUGUGCGAGACGAGAACGCAUGAGUCCCCGAUAGGGCGGGAAGGGACACUAUCCUUAUUCACAGGAGGCCUGCCAAUGAACUUGGGACCUUGUUCAAAUCAUUUGAUCGAAACCAAAUUCCCAGUAUUGAUCCUAGACAGUCUGGUUCCAUUCUGGUUGUGAAGGUGCAGUUAGAA